UUAAUUGAAACACAAACAAGGCCGCUGAAUGAUGUGUUAGCGAUCCAGAUAAGGCUCGUGUCUGACUCGGGAUUUGGGCCAAGGUGCUCGCCCAACUGCCGAAUGUUUUGUUUAAUUCAGUUUUUUAGCAAAAUGAAGAAGUGGAUGGACAUGUCAAAUCUACCACAGGAAUUCCGAGAGCGCGUGGAGAGGCUGGAGAGAAAUUUUGAAGUGUCAACUGUGAUUUUCAAAAAGUUUGAACCAAUAUUUUUGGAUAUAUUUCAAAACCCUUACGAAGAAACUUCUAAACCACAGCGAAGCAGAAAACAGAGGCGAGUGCCCUGCGGCGUUAAAGAUCUCUUCAACUUCUGCUGGACUCUCUUUGUGUACACCAAGGGUAACUUCCGUAUGAUUGGAGAUGAUUUAGUAAAUUCCUAUCAUUUGCUUCUGUGCUGCUUGGACCUGAUUUUUGCAAAUGCCCUUUUGUGUCCAAAUAGAAGAGAUUUGCUGAACCCGUCGUUUAAAGGCUUACCAGCGGACUUCCACGCGACAGAGAUCAAAGCCUCUGAAGAUCCUCCCUGCAUCAUUGCCACGCUAUGUGAGCUGCAUGACGGGCUUUUAGUAGAAGCAAAAGGAGUAAAGGAACACUACUUUAAACCAUACAUUUCAAAACUAUUUGAUAGGAAGAUCUUAAAAGGAGAAUGUCUGUUGGAUCUUUGCAAUUUUACAGAAAAUAACAAAGCACUGAAUAAAGAGUACGAAGAGUACGUUCUGACAGUGGGUGACUUCGACGAGAGAGUUUUCCUAGGAGCUGAUGCUGAAGAAGAAAUUGGCACUCCUCGAAAAUUUCCUGCAGACAUGCCAGUAGGGAAAACUACAGCAAGAGCUCACGUGGAGUGUCAUCUUCAGCAGCAUUUUGAAAAGAAAAGGUCAUUUGCACCUUCAACUCCACUGACUGGAAGAAGGUACCUACGAGAAAAGGAAGCUGUCAUCACUCCAGUUGCUUCCGCAACACAGAGCGUGAGUCGGUUGCAGAACAUUGUGGCUGGAUUGAAAAAUGCACCAAGUGAACAACUUGUAAGCAUUUUUGA